AUGUCUGAUCGUGCCCAGAGCCCCAGCGGCAGCGAUGCCGGCUCUGACUCUCAGGGGUCCAGCUCCUGGGUCGUCAAGACAUUCUCUCGUGUCCCCAGUCCCGGCGCUGUCGGGUCCAGGGCCGGUGCUGGCGCUGAAUUGCAUCAGAGCCAGCCCGGUCCCGCCGUGCAUUAUUAUGGCGGUCUCGAUGGCGAGGCCGAAUCUUUCGUCUCUGACGAAGACGAGGACAGCAUGGUCAAGGGGCGUGGCGGCCCCAAGACCAAGGGUGACAAGAGUCGCUCUGACGACGAGGGCGCUGCCAAGUCCGAUAAUUAG